AUGUCUUUGCACGCCAUCGACAGGAAUGACUCAAGCAAGCCCGCAACGAGUGAAAUUGGAUCUAAGAAUUUUGAUAGAACCUCAACGAAGAAACCAAACCCUGCGACAGAUUGUGGUGAGCCCACCAUGAAUGGAAUAUUAUCCCAGGGGGUUAUAAGUCCUGUUCCUAUUGCAAUAUGUGGAAUGUCCGUUCGCCUCCCUGGAGGAAUCCAUGCACCUCAAGAUUUAUGGGAGUUUCUUCUCUCCAAGGGUGAUGCGCGUGGACCUGUUCCGAAGUCAAGAUACAAUGCAUCUGCCUACUUUUCUGAAACCACAAAACCCGGCAAUGUCAAAACCCAAUAUGGUUACUUUCUUGACGAGAGCAUUGAUCUUUCCACGGUCGACACUUCCUUCUUCCAUAUGGGAAAGGCCGAGGUUGAGAGAACAGAUCCUCAUCAGCGUCAAAUGUUAGAAGUCGCCAGGGAGUGUAUUGAAGAUGCCGGUGAAACAAAGUGGAAAGGUCGACCAAUUGGCUGUUACAUGGGCAGCUUUGGGGAGGAUUGGACGGAGAUGUUUGCAAAGGAAAAUCAGCAGUAUGGUCUGCACCGAGUCAGCGGCUAUGGUGAUUUUGUUUUAGCCAACCGAGUUUCGUAUGAAAUGGACUUGACUGGGCCAAGCAUGGUUAUCCGUACAGCCUGCUCAUCAUCGCUUGUAGCACUACACGAGGCGUGCGUGGCAAUCGGGAGAGGUGAUUGCGAAUCCGCGGUAGUUGGGGGCGCCAACUUGAUACUUGGGCCGGGUAUGACAGCCGCCAUGUCCGAACAAGGUGUUUUGUCACCAGAUGGGUCUUGUAACACAUUUUCCGCCAACGCCAAUGGCUAUGCUAGAGGAGAGGCCAUUUCAGCAGUAUUCAUCAAACCGCUUGCCGCUGCUAUUCAAGAUGGAAACCCAAUUCGAGCCGUUAUUCGAGGCACUGCUUCCAACAGCGAUGGGAAAGGGAGCGGUGGCAUGCAAGCCCCAAAUGAUGUCGCCCAGGAAGAAAUGAUCAGGCGAGCAUAUAAGCUGGCAGGCAUCACAGAUUAUUCUCGGACAGCAUUUGUCGAAUGCCAUGGAACAGGAACUUCAAUUGGCGACCCGACAGAAGCGAGAGCAGUCGGGCGUGUCUUCGGCCCACACGGAGGCAUCCAGAUAGGAUCUGUUAAACCUAAUCUCGGACAUUCCGAAGGUGCUUCUGGUCUGACAUCCGUGAUUAAGUCGGUCUUAGCACUUGAAAACAGGGUUAUCCCCCCGAACAUCAAGUUCAGCGAGCCAAAUCCUGACAUACCGUGGGAUGAGUGCAAGCUCUCCGUCCCCACAGAGCCAACACCGUGGCCGAAGUCUCGGGGCGAGCGUAUUAGCAUCAAUUCUUUCGGAAUUGGAGGCACCAAUGCACAUAUUAUUCUUGACUCCGCGAAAAGCGUUGGCAUUGCAGCUGCUCCAGACAGACCUCUGACGUCACCAGAACUACUUGUUCUCUCCGGCACCAAUGUUGACGCGGUGAAGAGGAGCAUUGCACUCUACAAGGACUACGUGCUCAAAAACCCUUCCAGGAUACACGAUCUAGCAUUUACAUUGGCUACGAGACGAGAACAUCUAUCACAUCGGGCAUACGCAGUGGUAAAUCUAUUCGGCGGCAUGACAGCAUCCGUGCCAUUCAAAUCUUCCAAAUCCCCUCGAAUCGCGAUGAUAUUUACCGGCCAAGGGGCCCAGUGGCCUGAAAUGGGCCGCUGUCUCAUUUUGGACCACAAAUUUCCAAGAUUCCGCAAGACAAUACAGUCGCUCGACCGUCAUCUUGAAGCCAUAUCCCCGAGCCUAUCAUGGUCCAUCGAGGAAGAAUUGCAGAAGCCUGCGAAACAUAGCAGACUUCAUUCAUCUGAGCUAUCUCAACCUAUCUGCACUGCAAUUCAAAUUGCUCUUGUUGACACCCUGGCAUCCCUCGAUAUCCAUGCCUCAGCUGUUGUUGGUCACUCCAGUGGCGAGAUUGCUGCGGCAUAUGCCGCUGGGGCCCUGGAGGCAAAUGAGGCGAUGGAGAUAGCAUUCUACCGCGGGCAGGUUACCCUAAUGCAGAACAAGUCUGGGUCGAUGGCAGCGGUGGGCAUGGGAUAUACUGGUAUACAAGAUCAUCUACGACCAGGUGUCACUGUUGCCUGUCAGAAUUCUCCCAGAAGCAUCACCAUCUCCGGAGAUACGGACGCAGUCGAGGAAACAAUUUCCAACAUCAAAAACGCGCACCCUGACAUUUUGGUAAGGAAGUUGAAAGUUAAUAAGGCAUACCACUCUCCACACAUGGCUGAGAUAGGCCCUUCCUACCAUAGUCUCAUCAAAAGACUAUCCUGCGCCCCCCCGAAGAAGCUGUUUUUUAGCAGCGUCGAGAGCGGAAAGCUUAUCCAGGACGCGACGCUCGGCCCCAAAUACUGGCAGAGAAAUCUCGAGUCUCCAGUUCUCUUUCACGCGGCCGUGUCAUCCCUACUAAAACAUGAAGUCUCCGAGAAUAUAAUCCUUCUUGAGGUCGGCCCACACGCGGCUCUCGAGGGUCCCUUACGACAGAUCCAAGCAGAAAGUUUAAAUACUUCAGCCUAUGCUUCGUCCCUCCUUCGAGGCCAGAAUGACGUGGAAAGUCUUUUGGCGAUGAUUGGCAAGGUUCAUUCUCUUGGCUAUUCUGUUCAUCUGGAAGAGACAGUGUCUGAAGGCCUCACCCUUUCUGAUCUCCCGAGGUAUCCUUGGGACCAUAGCCAGAGCUUUUGGUAUGAGUCAAGGCUAACUAAGGAAUGGAGACAUCGGCCGUACAAGCACCAUGACCUUCUCGGGGUUAGAGUUGCAGAAAGUACUGAAUUUGAUGUCCUUUUCCGCAAUAUUUUUCAUCUUGAAAAUGCACCAUGGAUGCGUGACCACAAGGUAGGCGGUGACAUUGUGUUCCCAUUUGCGGGCUAUGCAGAGAUGAUAGGAGAGGCACUAUCCCAACUGUCCGGUGUCCCUGAUGCAUUUCGCUUGCGUCAUGUUAUCAUUAGUACCGCUCUUGUUCUGAAAGAAAAUCAUCCAACGGAGAUAAUGACAGCCAUUCGUCGUCACCGUUUGACCCACAAUCUUGACAGUGAAUGGUGGGAAUUUACCAUUUCUUCUUAUAAUGGAUCCACAUGGACAAAACAUUGUUUUGGAGAAGCUCGAUCGCAAGCCGAAGAGUUAAUCAGCGGCGAGGAACCAAAGUGCCUAGUACGGAAAGUCACAACUCGCCGAUGCUAUGCUGCCAUGGCAAGGGCUGGACUCAACUACGGUCCCUCGUUCCAACGGCUAGAUCAUGUCCGCGCCGACACAGCUAGCCAGUUGGCCACGUCGAAGGUUGCGAGCAGGCAAACGGAUAGCAUAUAUUAUCGACUACACCCAUCAAUCAUUGAUGCCUCAUUGCAGUUACUCAGCGUCGCGGCUACGAAAGGCUACGUGAAUGCCACAGGAAAAAUGAUGGUUCCAACAAGCAUCGAGGACAUAUGCAUCUUCCGUUGUCAUCAAGAUCUUCAGAUCCGAGCAUGUGCAAAUUACUCACCAAGCGGCUGCAUAUUGGGUUCUGGGGAUUGUGUGACCAGUGAAGGAAAGGUUGUACUCCGGGCCUCUGGUAUAAAACUAUCUUUUGUUGAUGACAGUGCCACGGAGGAAAUCCCAAGUGGCUUCUCUCGGGCAAGAUGGGCACCACAUCUCGACUUUCUCGAUGUGCAGUCAUUGAUAAAGCCAUCGGCAGACCACAGCAUGCAGAUUCGCACUUUGACAGAGCUAUCGCAUAUUUGCAUGAUUUACACAAAACGUGUACUCGUGAACCUUGAAAGCCCUCUUUGUCAUUUGAAAAAGUAUCGUUCGUGGAUCGCUCGCCAACUUGAAUUCUCUGAUCUUCAGCAUCUCGAUUGUCUAGAUAAUGAUUCAAUUACACAAAGAGUCCGACAGAUUGUUGCCGAGCUAUCAGAAACAAGUGUCAAAAGUCCUGCCAUUGCUAUUCAAAAAAUCUUUGAUCACAUUGAGAAGAUCUUUAUUGGAGCUGUUGAUGGUCUCGACUUGCUUGUUUCUGGAAACACAUUGGUCGAUCUUUAUGCACUAGUAGAUCAAUGCGACGAAUCACAAUUCUUUGAACAUCUCAUCCACACAAGGCCAAAUCUCCGUGUCCUUGAGAUCGGCGCUGGAACGGGGGGAUCCACUGCUAAUAUACUCAAGCUCCUGACCCCUGGAAAUCGAAGGCAUUACUCGAAGUAUACUUUCACUGACAUCUCGGCCGGCUUCCUCUCGGCCGCCAAAGAGCGUUUUGGAAUGUAUGAAAGCAUUGAGUACGCAACUCUGGAUAUCAGCCAAGAUCCCUAUGAUCAAGGGUUCGAAAAUUCCGAGUACGACCUCAUCGUCGCAACCAACGUGAUACAUGCAACCCCAUAUCUCAAUGAAGCCUUGCGCAACGUGCGAACAUUGCUUGCCCCAAAUGGCCGUUUACUGUUGCACGAACUCACCCCAAGCUCGAAAUGGGUCAACUAUAUAUGGGGAAUACUACCUGGCUGGUGGUAUGGGGAGGGUGAUUCCCGAGUUCAUGAGCCCUAUGUUGAUCUCAAGCGAUGGGAAUCGGAACUACAGGCCGCCGGUUUCCGUUCCCCUGAUGCAGCAGUUCUCGACUCCCCGGAACCGUAUCAAGUUGGAUCGACAAUCAUAGCAAGACCAGCGCUCGACGUCACUCCAAUCAGACGUGUCACCCUCCUCACGCUGUCUAGAUCGAAGAAUGUUGAUCUCCUAACACAAGGUCUCGAGCAUAGGGGGUAUACUGUUUACCCUCGUGACCUGUAUGAAAUGCCUCUACCCCCUGGGCAAGAUGUUAUUGCGAUGAUUGAUGAUGAAGCCCCAUUCUUUGAAGAUCUUGACGACGAGAGAUUUGGUGGAUUCAAAUCUUUGAUUGAAAACCUGCAGGAGCGCGGACUUCUUUGGGUCACUGCCCUCUCACAAAUUCAAUGUCGGGACCCGAAGUUUGCCCAAAUUAACGGGACUGCGAGGUCUUUACGGUCAGAAAUGUUGAUCGAUUUGGCUACAUGUGAGGUCGACGACGUCUCUCAAUCGAUCGGCAAGAUUAUUGAUGUUUUCGAGAGCUUCCAAGUUCGACACGAAGAACAGUUUCUUCACCCCGAGUUUGAGUACGCAAUCUUGAGAAAUACUGUUCAUGUUGGGCGUUAUCAUUCUUUUCAAGCACAGGAGGAGAUCCUGGACUCAAGCGUUAGCGACAGUAUAUGUCUUCAGACGAGUAAAGUCGGUCGUCUGUCCGCGCUGCACUGGGCCGACCAAGAAAUAGAUGCACCGAAGGCCAGGGAAGUGGAAAUUGACAUCCACGCGACUGGUCUGAAUUUCAGAGACGUUUUAGGUGCCAUGGGAAUUAUUGAAACCCAAGAAAAUGGAUUUGGCCUUGAGGCCUCUGGGACAGUUCGUCGCGUUGGUCGAGAAGUUCAAGAUCUUAGGCCUGGCGACCGCGUGAUGGUUCUUUCUUCUUGUUCAUUUGGGACCAGGGUUGUCGUUCCGGAGGACGUCUGUGAAAGGAUUCCUGGGGGUCUCAGCUUCGAGGAUGCCGCCACUAUACCUUGUGUGUUUGCCACAGCUCUCUACUCCAUAUUCGAUGUCGGCAAUUUGCAAAAGGGCCAGUCUAUUCUUAUACACAGCGCAUGUGGUGGGGUUGGAAUUGCCGCCAUUCAACUGGCGCAGAUGAUUGGUGCAGAAAUAUUCACCACAGUCGGAAGCGACGAGAAGGUGAAGUUUCUAAUGCAAAAUUUCGGAUUGCCACGCAACAGGAUUUUUACUUCUCGCGAUACAUCUUUUGUGAAUGACAUCAUGCGAGAGACAAAUGCCGACGGAGUCGAUUUAGCGCUCAACUCGCUGUCAGGAGAAUUGUUGCAUGCAACAUGGACUUGCAUUGCAGAAUUCGGGAAGAUGAUCGAGAUAAGCAAAAGAGACUUAAUGGGGUCCGGAAAGCUUGACAUGAGGCCAUUUCUUGCCAAUAGAAGCUAUUGCUGCGUUGACCUCGACCAAAUUUGUCGAAAGCGAUCGAGAAUCACAAAGAGUGAAAGACUACUCAGAGAGAUCGUCCAUCUAGUCAAAGAACGUUACAUCCACCCAAUAAGGCCCAUCAAAAAGUUUCCUGCCAAUGCGAUACUCGAUGCGUUCCGCUACAUGCAGCAAGGUGUGCAUCUAGGCAAGAUCGUUGUAUCAAUCCGAGACAAGAAGGGUGAACUACUUCUUGUUGAUGGUAUCCAGCGCCGGAGGACGGGUACUCAAUUUGAUGAAUCUGGAGCAUUUCUACUUGUUGGCGGCCUUGGAGGCCUAGGUCGCUCUGUAUCAACGUGGAUGAUGGAGCGAGGAGCACGGCACUUUAUCUACCUUUCUCCAACAGCCGGGACAAAGAAAGACCAUCAUGACUUUGGUGAAGAGCUAAUGACCAUGGGAUGUCGAGUUUCAUUCAUUCAAGGCAGUGUUUCGAAUCUCAAGGACGUUAUUAAAGCCGUUGCGCGGGCUGAAGGCCGGCUGAAAGGUAUAUUGCAAAUGUCCAUGGCGCUUGGCAAUCAAACCUUUCCUCGGAUGACACUACACGAAUGGAAUACGGCUGUUGAUCCGAAAGUUCGAGGGACUUGGAACUUGCAUCACGCUUCCGUUUCUGUUCAAGCAGAACUUGACUUCUUCGUUCUAUUCAGCUCGAUCUCCGGAAUAUGUGGGCAGCCUGGUCAGACCAAUUAUGCCGGUGCAAACACCUUCUUGGAUGCUUUUGCACAAUACCGGUUAAGCCUUGGACUACCAGCUUGUGCAAUAGAAAUCGGUGCCGUGGAAGAGGUCGGCUUUCUCGCAGAGCACGAGGAUGUCAAGGAAAAGCUUCAGGCCGCGGGUGCCCUGCCUGCUCCAAUCUCAGAAUCGGAACUUCUUCUUGGCUUAGAACUGGCGAUGAAAUCCAAAACUUCAAGGUCUCCAAAUACAGCCAACAACAUUUGCCUUGGGCUUCGAACCAAUAUACCUCUUCAUGAUCCCAACAAUCGCUUGAUCUGGAGGAAGGAUGUUCGAAUGGCCAUAUUCCAUAAUGCCGGUGCCUAUGACGUAUCGUCGGCGGGCUUCGUCAAUGACGGUCUGAAAUUAUUUAUCGUGGCAGCUAAAUCAGACCCAGCUCUUCUAGUUGAGAGUCAGUCGGCUCAUUUUCUUGCUUCUGAGAUCGGAAAAAAGGUCUUCAGUCUCCUGCUGAAGCCGGAAGAAGAUCUAGUAACCUGGUGCUCCCUUUCCGAGUUGGGCAUGGAUUCUCUUGUGGCAAUAGAAGUCAGACAAUGGUGGAAAACGAUUUUCGAGUUUGAUAUCAGUGUAUUGGAGAUGCUGGGGAUGGGAACGCUCGAUGCCCUUGGCGACCAUGCCGCUAAAGGAAUGCUUCAUUUGUUCCACAACAUAGGAAGAUGA